AUGGAUCCUGCAGCGGUGGAGGAGUUUCGCAAGUUGGAUCAGGAGAAGAACAGGUUGGAAGCCGACAUCAAAAACCUUUAUGAUUACCUGACCGAAGAUGGUAUGCCCGGCAUUUCCGGGCCGCUGGUGGAUGAAGAGGGCUUUCCAAGAGGUGACAUCGACCUGUAUGCUGUCCGGCAGGCACGGCAUAAGUAUGCCGUGGCACAAACUGAUCACAUGGAGGUCAUGAAGAAGAUCGAGCAGGCUAUCACGGCUAUCCAUGCGAGCACAAAGGUGCAUGUGCCGCGGGAAGGCCCUGCCGAUGCAAAGAUGGAGGAGGAUGAGCCGAUUCCAUCAGCAGACAAUGUCCUGCUGCAGGUGAAGCUUACUGCUCCUUUCGCCACCAUAGACGAGGUGAGCGACGGCUCUCCUGCUCAAACUGCGGGCUUGCGAAUUGGCGAUCAGAUCUGUCGCUUUGGGCCAGUCAGCCUUCAGGACACGGGAGACUUGUCGGCGUGUUUCAAUGCUAUUCGUGAGCUUGUGCCCCGAAGUGUGGGCACCGCCAUCAACGUGACGGUUCUUCGUGGCGAGCCGCCUGCCAGAACAGAGCUGGAACUGGUACCUCAGCAGUGGGCUGGCCGUGGGCUGCUGGGCUGCCACAUGGAUCCCAAGCGCUGA